CAUUAACUAGUUCUGUGAAGACCAAUGAGCGUCACCGAUGAGAUGACGACUCCCUAAAGGUAUGUUGCCCUGGCCGGAUGAGAUGCACCUGCAACAACAGAGCACUUAACACUAAACCGAUCAGCAGAGCUUCAGAGCUCUGUGGGACAAACUGCCGAUUUUUUUUUUAUAAACUUGGUCGCACUACAACAGAAAGACAUCCUGGGUCCACUCCGUGCCGGCGUCGCAGAGCAGAUGGACCAGGUAUCCAACCGGUCAGGAGUGGGCAGUGAUUAUAUAACAGAUGAGUCAGCAUCUGUCAGGUGGAGCUCUGAUGAAGAAGAGAGCUCCGAGCCUCAGGGACAGUGUCUCGCGGCACCUCAAGCUCCUCUGCCGACCUACAAACAGAGGUUGGAGGAUUUUAGGAAGUUGUUCAAAGAACUGCCAGAGUCAGAGAGACUCAUAGUGGACUACCCAUGUGCCCUCCAGCGGGACAUCCUCCUUCAGGGACGCCUCUACCUCACAGAGAACUGGCUCUGUUUCUACAGCAAUGUGUUUCGAGGAACGAAGAUUACCCUGACUCUGAAAGACGUCAUUACUAUGACGAGAGAGAAAACGGCUCGUCUGAUUCCAAAUGCCAUCCAGGUCUGCACGAGCACUGAGAAGUUCUUCUUCACUUCCUUCUCGGCAAGAGAGAAAAGUUACCAGGGUGUUUUCCGCAUGUGGCAAAACACACUAUUGGACAAGCCUCUGACUCGCUCUGAGUUGUGGCAGAUAAUUAAACAGCAUUAUGGGCACCUGGGCCUGAGCCAUGAAGACAUGGAGAGCUUAAAGUUUUCAGCGGAUUCAAGCAUGCAGACCAGCCUGACAGCGAGGCCUGGUGGCGAUGACGGUCUAUGGAGGCUCGAACGCCCUCCUUCCCUUCGCCUCCCUGGGAUGGAGGGCGGGCCUUUAGAGACCUCCACUCCUCAAGGGGAGGACUUUCCUUCCCUUCUUGGCUCACAGAACUCUCCCAACCUGCAGGAAGACUCUCGCAGCACCCCAUCACAGCGGCGCAGCCCUGCUCCCUCGCUGGACCGCCUUGCCCCAGAAAAGGUCUCCAAACACUCCUCGCUUUCUCUCGACAUGAACGCCAACAAGAACACGUCAGAGCCGAGCGGUUCAGAAAGCAUCGAGGACGUGGAGGAGCGAGUGGGUUUGUCCGAGGUGCAUGGUCGACUUUAUCUGAACAAGGUGUUCCACAUCAGUGCCAGCAAGAUGUUUGAGCUGCUCUUCACCGACUCCAGCUUCAUCCGCAGGUUCAUGAACAUCAGGAAGACAACCAACGCCAGCUUUACUUCUUGGCAAAAAGAUGCUUUGGGGAACAUGAAGAGGAGUCUGAACUACACGAUUUCCAUCAGCAACCCUCUGAUUGGCAAGUUAUCCACUGCUACAGAGAACCAGAUACUGCACAAAGAAUCCAGAGAAGGUCAAUAUUACCUCAUAGACUCCGAGGUGUACACUCACGACGUUCCCUAUCACGAUUACUUCUACACUCAAAACCGAUACUACAUUAUAGGUAACUCGAAGCGGAAGUGUCGACUAAGGGUCUAUACAGAUGUGAAAUACAAGAAGCAGCCAUGGGGCCUGGUCAAGUCCUUCAUCACCAAAAACUCCUGGAGCGGCAUAGAAGAAAAUUUUAGACAGCUUGAAGCAGAACUGCUGGAGGAGGAAGCGGAGAUUAAUCAAGCAGGUGGAGACGGUGGAAAGAUGGGUGGGCUUCGGAGGAGGAGGCGGACUUAUAGCCGGACUAUGCCAGAGCACAUGAAGCCCAACAAGCAGUACGGGCAAGACCCCGAACAGCACAGAGAUGGCAACAUGGGCCCCAUAGAAAUGAACGGCCCGCACAGAUGGAACACCACGACAAUAAUAGCUGGGAUGAGUGUGAUUUUGCUUAUUCUGACGGUGAUGAAUCUGGGUCUGUUUUUGAAAUUGUGGGCCAUGGAGGAUGUAGCCCACCGCAUGUACCUGAGCACAAAGCAUCGGCUGAAGGAGCAAAGUGAAGCUAGCAGCUUGACCUCUGAAUAUGGGCCCAAACAGAGACUAGGGUUAAGAGAGGAUGCAGAACUGUUAAAAACUGUACUGCAGGACUCCAUCAACCUUUUAGAACAGCUCCGCAGCUCUCUGGUGGUGCUGCAGCAGAACUUUGCUAUGGCCAAUCGCACAGCAGAACCACAGUGAUGCUAGACACAGGGCGACUACAGAGGGCCUGUCCCAGCCCUGUGCAGGAACAAAAAACUGCAGUAGUGAACUGCCUCUGAGGAAAUCCCGGGAGGCAGUGACGUUGCCGUGACGAUGUCUCCAGACCCGUGACAUGCCAUGUGUUGCCAGGGGAUGUCCCAAACCCUAUGCCGGGGCAUCAGGUGCAGGGAUUUUUAUUUAUUUAUUUUUAAAGCUGUGUAUUGACUACUGCGAGGACAACGUUGCAUCAGAGUCAGAGACAUGUAGAGCAGCAGGUUUAGAUUUCUGUAGGGUGCUAUUGUCAGCUCACUUUGCUCGCUACUUUUUCACUCUUUCCUUUUUAAUUGGAUUUCAGAGCCUCAUGCCACACCAAGUGAGCUAUUGGAAAUGCUUUUUAUUUUCGUUUUAUUCCAGGGAACUGAAUCAAUAUUAUUUAAAACUAUGUUCUCUAUUUACAUGUUUGCACAUAUUUUAAUUUUUGCACAAGUGCCUAUUACAUUGACUGUGAUAUAUUUUGGGAUUUUUUUUUUCUUCUUUUCAAUAAAAACUGUAGAAUCAGUGACUCAAAUUUAAAGGUCUGUCCUCUCUUUUGGAGUCAUGAUAAUGCAUUUUAAUACUACAUGUAAACUGCAGGAGUGACUACAACAUUAAAUUUACAAGUUGCAAAUAGGAAAAUAACCUUUCACUAUUACUGAUACUAAUACUGUACCUGAGCCAAAUCUGGUGUGCAAAGGAUACUGAUGUGUUUUUUAAACCAAAUAUUCAAUACAUAUUUUAUUAAUUUUCCUCAUUCACUUGUACAUGUUUAAUCACAGUUUCAUGUACAGUACUUUUUUUUUCUACACUGAACCAAUUUUAGGUGUAUUUUUGUAGGGUAAAUGAGACUAUCUCAGGUUAUUUCAGGACCAUGCUCUCACACUGUCAACACUAGAUGCAAGUUUGUUCUAUGAUUCCCAACUUGACAUGAACACUAUUUUUCUUUUUAAUCAAGUGUUAGUGAUGCACCACUAAAACCCUAAAAACCUUGUUUGAUGUUUACAGAUUUGCCAUCACUGUUUUCUGUGUGCAUAACCUUUUUCAGAUGUUCUAACUUUAGACCACUUCUGCAAGUGACCACUUGUUUAAACUUGGUACCUGUUUUGUACAUUUUAAGCCGUACUGCAAUUCACUGUUAAAAUAAACAAGGUUUCUUUCCC